GUGAACUCUUGGUUCUUUCCGCUUACCUCGAGUUUCUCGGUGUCCAUCACUAACCGCUAGUCUUUAGAAAUCUGAGCCAACCUCACUUCCAUCUCUGUGCGUGUUCGCCUGCAAAACGCAGAUUUUUCCCUUUGAGGAAGAAGAAAAGAUGCCGCCCAAGGAGAGAGCAGCCAACUUCAAAACGUACGAGGCACAGUCUCGUCUUCUCGCCGCGCUGGUAGCCUCACUGGAGGGUCACCGAUUUGACUACAAGAAGAUUGCCCAGUACCAUGGCGGCGGGGUCACCGAGUCUGCUAUGGAGCACAAGUUCCGGCUUGCGAGAGCCCAGGCCGAACUCAUCAAAGUCAUGGUGGCCAACGAUAGAGAUCCCGGGGACUACGACAUUCCUAACCUGACCAAGGCCGAGAUUCAAAAGUUUUUCGGAGCCAGCACCCCGGAUGGCGUGGGCUUCCAGUUUCGCGGCAUCAAGAGGGGCAGCGAUGUCCUCAAGGCUGCGGUGGAAAAUGGAGACGACCCCGUCGAUGCCUUUGCCCGCUUCUUGAGGGGGGGCUCGAGUGCUGCGGGCAGUGCGCCGGCUACGCCGAGCACGACCAAGAGGGCCCGGACCACCAAGGCCGCCGCGCCCGGUUCGGGUGCUACUCCCAGCAGCAAGCGCCACAAGGCCAUCAAGAUCGAGCCCGAGCUCGACGAUGAUGAGGACUCUCCGGAGAUCGACUACUCGGAGCUCGACACAACUCCGACCAAGACCAAGGCCAAGCCGGCUCGGUCUGCCCAAAUCCAAGCCAAGUCCGCUCCCGGAACCAGGGCCCCGACCCCUCGCCAUGUACCCAUUGCACCGGCCCCCCCACGCUCUGCAGCAGCCUCUCCUGCUCCCCCCUCGUACAACCUGGCUCCCAUUCCCGGGGUCGCUUCAGCCUCCUUGCCCAACGGAUAUAUCAACAUGGCCACUGGACUCGGUUACAAUGUGAUGGCUCCUCCCACCAGCAUGGAUAGUGCCGCUCCCUUUACAGCCGGCUCGCAGGCCAUGGGGAUGGCCCAAGCACGCCGCGGUUCCGCCUACUCUACCGGCAGCUACACCGCCGCCAGCAGCCCGGCCACUCCAAACAUGUCGUGGCAGGACCCAACCCCCUCCCCAAUGAGCAACGCGGCGAGUGUCAACAACAUGCACAACAUGGGGGACAUGAGUCUGAACAUGGGCGGUCAAUACCCUGCCGUGCCCGGCACCGCCGAUGUCACAAGCGGCAUGACCGUGAGCAUGGCCAGCCUCGAUGCGGCCACGACCAUGUCCACCAGCAGCAACAUGCCAUCGUUCAACGCAAGCGCGGUCCAUGCCGCCCCCUCGCCCUCCGAGUCCAGCUUCGACAUGAUCACCCAACCCACUGCCACCUCCUCCAGCGCGACAGGUGCCGCGACGCCUGGCAUGUACGCGACCGCGAAAUCAACCGAGGCUUCUCAGGAGUUCCUCCCCUCGCAGGGCUACGGCAGCGCCUCCAGGCAUGUCGCCCCCGUCAAUGGCCACUCGAGCCAUAGCAACAGCGGAGGUUACAGCAACUUCGACCAGCACGAGGCCGAGCUCGCGGCUCAGGUCGAUUUCGGCGGUUUUGAGGUUCAGGAUGAGGAAAGCGAUUACGAUGAUGCCGGCGAAAUUUGAGCCGGGUCCGGCCGCCCCGCUCUGGCGGAAUCCCACCGUUAGGGCCUCGACGACUCUGCGGGCAAGCUCUCCGGCCCAUAACUUUGUUUCUUGUAAUGUACAUGUGCGCCGCCCAUACCGGGACAUGAUGGGCAG